AUGAAGUCAAGAAUCGAAAUUUUCGGAUUUCUUCUCUUCUUUUCAUUACUGUUAUUGAGCAUAAUCCAAUGCUUCUGGGAAGGCAGCGGUGGAAAUGAUCCUUCAUUUCUGUCAAGCAAAGCUAAGAGGGGUCUCAUUUCAGAUGUUACUACAACUUUGAAUAGUACAUUAGAUACCGUUGGUCAUAACACUUCUUCGUCGAGCGUCACAGAUGCAUGCGCAAAAAUCCAUCAAAAUUAUUUGAAAAACAAAAGCAGUUAUCAACCUAGUUAUUUAGAUGUCAGAGCUUGUUUCGGCAGUUUUCAGUAUGAUAAAACCAGAGCUGGAGAGAUCAUCGGUAAUAUCAAAAAUAUUCUAGAAAAUUUUUACCCGUUUCUAGAUCAAGCCAAAGAACAGCCUCAACCAGGUUUUACCUUUCCAUCCACUGAUAUCAUCCAUGAUCUCGAUGCAUUACUUCUGAACCCUUACACCACGGACUUUCAAUUUAUGAGUGACCUACAAUCCAAACUAUUUCAACUUAAAGACGCACACCUUCUUUUCUUCUCUAAUUGCUAUAAUCAAAUUUUUACUUUUGAUCAACAAUUAACAUUAUAUUCAAUGGUAAAAUCUGAUGGUUCACAAGUCAUAAAAAUAUUGAGUGAUACAAAUGAUAGCUCUCUAACCGAUUGCGAGGUGACAAGCAUCGAUGGACUACCAUCAAUGGCUGUUUUAACAGAUUUUGCCAACACUCAAACAUUUACAUCCAAGGAUCUCGGAGUUCGUUUCAACUCUGUACUCGGUUCCAUAGGUCUCGAAAGUGGGAGCUUCCGAAUCUCUGAAUUCACUCAACAAUUCACUAAAAGACGUCGGUUACCUUCGGAACCCAGCCACACAUACACUCUUAGCUGUAACGGAGCUAUCAAAACCAUCAAUCGUUCCUGGAAAAUUAGUUCUUCAUAUUACGAUGGUUUCACCAAUUCUUCUUCAUACUGGAAUAAUUUUUGUGCUGCUUCUAAGUUCACUGUGCCGAGCGUUUUCAAUGAUUUUAAUCCUGGCCAAACGUUCGACAAUUCGCUUUCAAAAGGACAAUUGGUUUACAGUGGUACAUUUUCGAGAUUUUAUCUGAUUGAUCAAAUUGGAGUGGCGGUGAUUUCCACGAUUGUGGCUGACGAUGAUCCUACAAGUGCAAUGCAGGAUUUGGCGAAUGGCUUCAAUACGCUUUCGAGUAAAGGAGCAAAGAAGCUUGUUCUCGACCUGUCGAAUAACUCUGGUGGUUCAAUACUUGUUUCGGAAUUCAUAUGCGCCCUUCUAUUUCGUGACACGGAUCCCGCGUUCCCCAGAGACAUGAGGGUCACAGAUUUCUCCAAAUUGGCCAUCGAUACGGCUACCACAAAAAAUGUCAGCGAUUCAAUAUUCUACGCCCCGCAAUACAACUCUUUCGCCACAAAACAAGCUUUCUCCAGUUCCUCCGAUUUCAUUGGGAAAAAUGUGUACACACGAGGUGGUUCUCAAGUGUCGUACACGAACCAAUUUUCUUACACCGUUAAUUCAAACUACUCUCAGCAAGUUCUUAGUAAUCAGUCAGUACUCCCGUGGGCUUCUCAAGACAUGAUCAUUUUGUCGAAUGGAAUCUGUGGAUCCUCAUGCGCCACAAUAAGUCAACAUUUGGCGGAAUUGAACAAUGUCAAAACAGUAGCUGUCGGUGGAUUCGCAAACAAACCACUAUCGUUUGCAUCAUUUCCCGGUGGUCAAGUGUAUAAUCAUUAUGAAUUGCUUUAUACGUUACAGGAGAUCGGUUUGAUCAGCAAUGAGAAUUCACCACAGCCAUUUAGUAUUAACGCUCUCUUCAGUUUUCCGAUCUUUGAGGCUUAUAGUACUAAAAAUUCUGGUCAAGUGUUGGAAUUUAGUUAUAGGAAAGCAGGUAAUCGAUUAUACUACAAUGAAAAGAGCAUAAGGGACCCUAGUUUAUUGUGGGUUCAGGCUGCUGCAUUAAUUUAA